AUGAAGCUCUCUUUCUCCCUUUCUAAAAAAUCUCAAACUAAGCCGCCGUCCGCCUCCGUCAACGCUGCCGCACGCGGUGGCGCUGACGAUGCCGAAGAAGAAUCGAGGGUUUACCUUACAGAAUUCGACGCUUCCAAGGCUCCGUCUACUGACCUAGGCAAGAAUCGCGUAAUUCCUCCUCUUGCCAACGAAUGGAGACCCUACAAGAAGAUGAAAAACCUCGAUCUUCCACUUCAAUCCGACGGCGAACAACCUAGCCUGCAAUUCGAGGUGGUCGAGGCUUCUGCAACUGAUCCAGCAUCCGCGGAUUCAAUGUCCUACGGCCUUAAUUUGCGUAAGUCCGACUCUAACCCUAGCUCCGAUGUUAAUGAAGUUGAUCCUUUUUUGAAGAAAUUGAGGGAUGAUAUGGAGAGGUUGCCGGAAGAUGUUGGCUUGAAUGAAUACGAGGAUAUGCCGGUUGAGGAUUUUGGGAGGGCGUUGAUGGCUGGGAUGGGUUGGGUUGAGGGGAGAGGGAUUGGACGGAAUGCAAAGGAGGAUACGAAAGUUAAGGAGGUUACUAGACGGACAGCCAAGGAAGGUUUAGGGUUUACUGGUCCAUUGCCUCAAAUUCCUGGGCGGGGUGAUGGAAGGAAAAAGCCUAGUGACCACAUUAAUAGUGAAAGAGGCAAAAGUGAUCAGGUGGCUAACAAUGGAAAAGAUAAAGGAUUACACGCGGGGAAAGAAGUUAGAAUAGUUGGAGGAAAGGAAAUUGGGAUGAAAGGUAAGAUUCUGGAGUUAAGACAUAAAGGGGAAGUUGCUUACUUGAGACUUUCAAACAGUAAGGAAGAGAUAAAGGUUUAUACCCGGGAUUUAGCCGAGUUGGGCUCGGCAGAGGAGGAGCGGUGUUUGAGGAAGCUAAAGGAGUUGAAAAUUAGAGAGAAUGGUAAUGCCACUGAUAAGAGAAGUAGUAGGAAGGAUAAUAUGGAAAUAGAUAAAGAAACAAAACCAUCGAGAAGGGAUAUUGGUGAGGGCAGGGAUCGGAAGAACGAGGUAAAGAGGGAAAGAGGUGAAACGAAGGUGAAUGAUGGCCAUGGGCAGUUGCCGUGGUUGACAUCUCAUAUAAGAGUGAGGAUCAUAAGCAAGCACAUAAAAGGGGGCAGAUUGUAUUUGAAGAAAGGGGAGGUUGUGGAUAUGGCUGGUCCUACAACAUGUGAUAUAAAAAUAGAUGAGAGUAGGGAGUUGAUCCAGGGUGUGGAUCAGGGGUCUUUGGAGACUGCAAUUCCUAAACGUGGAGGCCCGGUUUUAAUUUUAUGUGGCAAACAUAAGGGUGUCUAUGGAACAUUAGUUGAAAGAGAUACAGAGGAGGAAACAGGUGUUGUUCAGGAUGCUGACUCGCGUGCGUUGAUUAAUGUUCGACUUGAACAAAUUGCUGAAUAUAUGGGGGAUCCGAGCUACAUUGGCUAUUAG